AUGGCACCUUCAAAAGGUCGCGAUCGACUAAUUGUCGGCAUUGAUUUUGGUACCACGUUCUCUGGCUGCGCACUAGCUUACAGCGGCGAUCCCGAAUCUGCAGACGAGAUCCAAGUCGUCAAGAACUGGCCCGGAUCUAACGGCAUCACAUCUGACAAAGUGCCUUCUGAGAUUAUCUACGAGACUACUCCGCCGACCUCAGGCAUCAAGCGUAGCUGGGACGGCGAAGCUAUCAACAACACUAAGAUCCGUUGGGGCCUUGAGAUCAAGCCUGACGAGACCCGCUUGCGUUGCCUGAAACUUCGACUUGAUCCGAAACAGAAACUCCCGGAUUAUGUUUCCGAGGAUGAGCUGUGCAAGGAGCUCAAGAAGAGCGGCAAGACUGCUGAAGAAGCCAUCUCCGACUAUCUCACCGAGCUAUAUCGCCGGGCCAAGGAGGCUUUGGUCAAGCGCUUCACCCCAGACAUGGUAUCAUCAACGAUCAUCGAAGUCGUUCUGACCGUUCCGGCGGUCUGGACCGACGCUGCAAAAGAUGCCACACUAAGAGCGGCUGAGAAAGCUGGAAUGGGGCCCGAACUCUACAUGAUCAGCGAACCUGAAGCCGCCGCCAUCUAUGCAUUGAAGUCUAUGGGUCAAAAGCAGAAGCUACUCAAGGUUGGAGACAAUUUCAUUGUCUGUGAUGCUGGUGGUGGUACUAUCCUCUAUAGUUACGAAAUUCGCUCCUUGUCGCCCCUUCGCCUCCAGGAGUCUGCGACAGGUACCGGAGCUCUCUGUGGCGGUAUCUUCCUCAACAUGAGGUUUCGAAAUCUCGUGGAGUCCCGAAUGGGCGCUGAAGCGUUCAAGGACCUCUGUGAGCGGAAGCCUAAAUGCAUGAAUGUUGCACUCAACGAGUUUGAGAACUACGUCAAACGCAACUUCGAUCCCCUAAGCAGUCAAUCCACAUACGAUGCCAACAACUUCAACAUCCCAUUCCCGGGCGCUCCUGACAAUGCUGCCAUGGGUAUUGAUUCUGGAUUCUUCAUCCUCUCGACAGCAGAGGUCGGAGAAAUAUUUAGACCAUUGAUAACUUCGGUCAUUGAUCUCGUUGAAAGACAGCGCAUCACACUCGCAGCGCAUGACAAGACAGCUAAGGGUGUAGCACUAGUCGGGGGAUUUGGAGAGAGUCAUUUUCUUUACAAAAGCUUGAAGCAACGCUUUGCCGACGAGGAUCCUCCGCCGACGUACACACGAACAACAGAUGUUCCACAGCCUGAAUCCGAGGGACCCAGAUUCAUUGUCAUGCAACCCGAGAACUCUUGGACAGCAGUUGUGAGGGGUGCAGUCUUGUCCAAUCUGGAGGACAAACUCGUCUUGAGCAGAAAGGCAAGACGCCACUAUGGCAUUGUGUGCAAUUCGUUCUGGAACGCCUUGAAGCACUCACGCUCGGUCAGAUACGUAGACAAUCUUACGCAAGAGAUCAUGGCAAGAGACCAGAUGUCAUGGCAUGUCAAAGUAGGUCAGGAUAUGCCGACCAGAUCGCCCAUCACCCUCCCUUUCGAGUUGAAAUGGGAAUGGGAGAAUGGUAUCCCUGAUAGCUAUACUAUCAAGAUCAUGGUCAGCGACGAGAAAGUCGCACCCCAAGAGUUCAAGCUUGCGGCAGGUGUCCAUGAGCUUUGCACGCUCGACGCGAACCUCCGCAAGGUUCCUCGCAGAAGUUUCAGGAAGAAGACCAAGAAUGGCAAUGUAUACCGCCAACUCGACUUCGAGAUUGGUAUGCAGAUUGACAGCGGCGGGCUGGUAUUCGACUUGAGAGUCAACGGUAUCGUCUACGGUACAGUCAAGGCUACUUACGAAUAA